UUUCCUCCCUCCAGUGUCUGCAUUGGCCGUUAUAUUCUCAAUAUGCAAAUCACAUCUUGUGGUCACACAUAUCAGCGUUGUCUUGGAGAUUUUUAUGUCCUUUUUAACCCUUGGUGUGCAGAUGACCCUGUAUAUAUGGACAAUCAGGCCCAUAGAGAAGAAUAUGUUUUGAAUGAGCAUGGAAUACUGUAUGAAGGAGUUCACAAGCAUAUUACUUCUCGACCAUGGCACUUUGGACAGUUCGAAGAUGGGAUACUGGAUAUCUGCUUGAAGAUCUUAGAUAUGGGUGCAAGUUACCACCACGGCUCUGAUCGUGACCACUGUUGGCGCAAUGAUCCUGUGCAUGUCAGCAUGGUGGUAAAUCACAUGAUAAGCAGCCAUACCACUAACAGUAUCAUGAAGAUUCCAGAAAACAAUGAUUACCUGAAAGGAACAAAGCCUUUUUCCUGGAAUGGAAGUGUUCCUAUUCUUCAGCAGUGGUACAAUGGCAGAUGCAGGCCAGUCAGAUAUGGGUACUGUGGGUCUCUUGCUUCAGUAAUGUGCACAGUGAUGAGGUGUUUGGGAAUUCCAAGCCGUGUUGUAACAAACUUCUGUUUUCCAUGCUCAAUUGAGAAUCCCCUUGGUAUCAAUGAGAUUUUUGACUGUACUGGCAAAAACUUGUGUGGCAAAGACAAGCUAUGGCGAUACCAUUGCUGGAAUGAAUCUUGGAUGGCUCGCAGAGACAUAAAUCAAUGCUGUGGUGAUUGGCAGUGUCUAGAUCCAACACCUUUGGAAACUGGCAGAGGUUCAGCUUGCAGUGGUCCGACAUGGGUUCGAAGCAUCAGGGAAGGGGAACUGGACUUGGAUUAUGAUGGUCAUCAUAUGUUUUCUCGAGUAAAUUCAAACUAUGUUGGCUGGCUUUCCCAAAACAAUGGCAAAAGAACAAAAUUUUUCUGUGACACUUGGCCAUGUGGACAACGUCUAAUCACCAAGAGUAUUGGCAGUGAGCAAUUUGAAGAUAUCACCGGAGCUUACAAGUAUGAACUAGGUUCUGUGAAAAACAAAGAAGCCUAUUACCGGGCCUACAGAAGAAUUCACCCAGGGUACUGCAAUGCUUCCAACUGCCAUAUUGACAGAGAGUUAUCAUCUCUGAAAAACCCAUUUUUGAGUGACUCUGGUAUCAACAUGAGGUUAAAAAUGGCUAACUGCCCAAUGUAUGGUGAAGAUGUCCAACUGCACUGGCUGCUUGAAAAUCUGCGUAAUGAAAACAAAACCCUGAAGUUUAAUUUGUGCGCACAAAUUAUAACCUACAGUGGCUGCCCAAUGGAUCAGUUUUGGAAAGACAGUGUGAAUGUCACACUGGGUCCAAGAGAAGUGAAAAAAAUUCCACUGUGUAUAUCAUAUAAUCAAUACGGACCUUACCUGUGUGAUCACAACAUUAUGAAAGUAGUUGCUGUCUCAGACCCAGAGUGUGGAGAAGUUCUGAUGGUGAGCAGGGAUAUCGUGAUCAACAGACCACCUGUUAUUGUAAAGCUACUGAGCCAGCCCAGACUGAAGGUACCAUGUACUGCAGAGAUCUCCUUCUGCAAUCCUCUCCAGGAAGAUAUGAAGAACUGUGUCAUGACAUUAGAAGGCUGUGGUUUAUUCAAAGAGCCAAUGACCAUUGAGUAAGUUCAUCAGUUAUUUAAACGUGGAUAAUAUUGAGGGGUGACUAAGGUGUGCAAGAUCAGAGCAGGUUUUGAAGAAAAUAUUAGUUCUGAUUUUCUGGUGUUUAGCACCUGAACAGGACUUUUUGUCCCUUAUUAGUCUGAGACUCCAUUAAAAACCUCACUCCUCUUGAAACUGAUGGAUCAUUUAAAGC